UGCUGGCUUGCAUCCAGGCAAACUGUAAUGUCAAGUUACUCCAACUGGAAUACUUUUGAGGAGGAGGAGGAGGAAGAGGAAGAGGAGCAGGAUGCAUCCAUAGAGGUCGACAUUGCCGAGAGGGACAAUGUCAUUUUUGCUGUUGAUGCAACUCUACCAAUGCAUGAGACUGACGAAAAUGGAAUCUCGCACUUCAGUGGUGCCCUUCGGUGUGCGGCCCGUUUUCUCCAAAAUAAGAUUGUGCAAAGCGAGUCAGAUCUGAUGGGACUGGUCUUCUUUGGAACGAACGAAAGUCACAACGAGCAAGGAUUUAAACACAUCUACGUCCAAUACGACUUGGAUGUUCCAGAUGUGGAUCGCAUUCUGGACCUGGAAAAACUUGCAAAUAACAGAGAUAAGGUCUCUACCGAAAUCGGUAGCUCUGAUGACUAUUCGCUUGCUGAAGUCUUUUGGACGUGCUCCAAUCUAUUUUCUGCCGGAGGGCAGAAGGUCAGCACGAAGCGCAUAUUCUUGAUCACCCACAAUGAUAGUCCACAUACCGGUAACCUAACCCUACAGCGAAAUGCGAGGGUUCGUGCUCAGGACUUGCAAGAUCUGGGCAUCUCUAUAGAAUUAUUUCCUGUGGAAAUUGGGAACAAUAGCUUCAAAUUUGACGUCUUCUUCCAGGAUCUUCCAGGAGUAGUCGGUGCCGGUGAGGAUAGCGCCGAAGUCCCCGCGUCAGCUUCGCGCAAGUACGAGGAAAUGCAGAAGAAAAUCCUAAGGCGGGAAACGAAGAAAAGAACCACCUUCCGGGUACCGUUACACUUGCACGAAGGACUGACAAUAGGAGUAAAAGGAUAUAAUUUGGUCCUGGAGCAGCGGAAAGGAAAUUAUACCUAUCUGGAUCGUCGAACGAAUGCUGAAGUUAGAACAGUGACGACUUGGGCGUGCUCGGCGACAGCUCAAUCCUUGCUCCCCACUGAUAUGAAAUCAUACUGGGUGUAUGGUGGUCAAAAGGUGGUGUUCACCAAAAGUGAAGUGAAUGGAAUCAAGUACUUUGGCGAUCCAGGGCUAGUUCUGCUUGGAUUUAAGGACAGGCAUGCGCUCAAAUUUAAGUAUAAUGUGAAGCAUGCUGCUUUCAUAUAUCCGGACGAAUCGGAAUACACGGGAAGUACAAGCGUUUUCGCGCACUUUUUGGAGAGAUUGAGCAUUCGAGGAAAGAUCGCUAUCUGUCGACUAAUUGCUCGUCGUAAUGCGGCGCCGCGAUUGGUGGCUUUGUUGCCGCAGAAAGGAUGCGUUGAUAAGAAUGGCGAUGAGAUUCCUUGCGGUUUUCACGUGAUCUAUCUCCCGUUUGAAGACGAUAACCGCAGAAUUCCAGCUUCCACGGCCUCUCAGAUCUCUCCGGAACACACGGAUUUGGCGAAAGAAGUUGUCCAUAGCCUCGUCAUUAAAAACUACGAUGCUGCAAACUACGAGAAUCCAGUCUUGCAGAAACAUUAUAACAACCUCCAGGCGAUUGCUCUCCGGAGAGAUUUUGCUGAAGAAAUCGAUGAUACUACCCUUCCUCGCACAGAAGCAAUGCAUAAGCGAGCAGGUGACAGAAUUCGUGAUUUCAAGCAGGCGCUCGGUGAACAAGAAGAGGAUGAGGUGGUAGUGGAACAACCGAAGACAAAACGGGUCAAAGCAGUUGACGGUGGCCAAAAGCGAAGUAAAAGCGACGUAGAUCUGAGCGAAUCAGCAUUUAGAGCCAAAUGCAAGGAUGGAAAGUUAUCGUCCUUCACGGUUGCUCAACUGUCGGAAUUUCUACUCAGCAAAGACCGCAAACCAGCAAAGAAGAAAUCAGAUCUAAUCAGGCAAAUCGAAGAAUACUUUGAAGCCUGAAUUCUUUUGUCUGUAUUGUCGACUCAAUGCAGUAGUCUGUCGUAAAUGCUGUUCUGAUGGGUAAUACAAUCGCUUAGUCAGCAAUAUAAAUCACGUG